AUGUCCUCCUCACAAUCCACCUCGCAACUAAAACGCAAGCAACAAACUAUUUCUAGCUUCUUUUCCAAGAAGCCCGUCGCCCCGAAUGGUUCUACGACUACCACUCCGAAAGGUGGUCAUGUCAAGAGGACAAUUGGACAUGCUCGGGUUCACGAGGCGCCGAGCAGUGAGAUGGAUGGGGUGGAUGGGGCCCAUGAUGCUGCAGUAAGACAGGAGGAGGAAGGUGAUGAUGAUUAUCAGAUUAUUCUUCCAUCGAGGAAGCGUAUCAGGAGUAACGGGGAGGUUUCGACUUUGCAAAGUGGAACACUCGCAGAUAUCGAUAAGGGACAUAGCACCAAGAAGGAAAACGAGCUGCAGAUGGGGAUAAUGGGUAGUUCUGAUUCUGACAGAGCUGAAAAGCCUGUGAAAAUUAAACCUGGAUCUUCGCGGACCGAAAAGUUUCGGUUCUUCAGCUCCUCUCUACCUUCAUCUAGUGAUCAGAAGGGGAAUGGAGGCCGUGACGUUCCGUAUACCAUUUCUGCGGACGGUGAUGCAUCUGAAGACGGCGAUGAGGAACAGAAAAGAAAACAAGCUUUGCACCAGAAGUUUGUGAAGAGGUUAGGCGGGCCAGAUUGUCUUCCGUUUUCGGUGAGCCGAGUCGACGCGGGCGAUGCUGAAGAGGUGGAGGGCGCUGAGAGUGAUGCUGAGGCUGAGGCUGAGAUUGCGCCGGUUCCUCAAAAGGGGAGGGGAGGAAAGAGGACCACGACGGGGAAGUUGACGCCGAUGGAGAGACAGAUUAUCGACAUUAAGAAAAAGCAUAUGGAUACACUUCUAGUUGUGGAGGUUGGGUAUAAGUUUCGUUUCUUUGGCGAGGAUGCGCGUGUUGCGGCGAAAGAGUUGAGUAUUGUGUGCAUCCCUGGAAAGCUCAGAUUUGAUGAACAUCCAUCGGAAGCUCAUUUGACUCGCUUUGCCUCUGCUAGUAUUCCGGUGCAUAGAUUACAUGUUCAUGUCAAGCGCUUGGUUGCAGCGGGCUACAAAGUAGGCGUGGUUAGGCAACUUGAGACUGCCGCAUUGAAGGCUGCCGGUGAAAAUAGAAAUGCACCUUUCGUUCGCAAGCUUACGAAUCUCUAUACGAAAGGGACUUAUAUUGAUGAUGUGGAAGGGCUCGAGGAAUCUAGCGGCAACUCAGGCAGCGCGUCUACUUCCACGGGUUAUUUGCUUUGCAUGACCGAAAGUAACGCCAAAGGCUGGGGCAAUGACGAAAAGGUCCAUGUUGGAAUUGUGGCUGUCCAGCCGGCGACUGGAGAUGUUAUUUACGACGACUUCGAGGAUGGGUUUUUGAGGAGCGAAAUUGAAAUGCGCUUGCUCCACAUUGCCCCAUGUGAAUUUUUGAUAGUGGGCGAAAUGUCUAAAGCUACAAAGAAACUUGUGCAGCAUCUAUCUGGAAGUAAAACAAAUGUAUUUGGGGAUAAGGUACGCGUUGAAAGAGUUUCGAAAUCGAAAACAGCCGCGGCAGAAUCCCACAGCCACGUAUCUAGUUUUUAUGCAGGUCGGAUGAACGCCAAGGGGACAACUGGAGAUGUUGCGGCAAGCAAUCUACUAGAAAAGGUUCUGAAACUGCCGGAGGAUGUCACUAUAUGCCUUUCCUCAAUGAUCAAGCACAUGUCUGAAUUCGGGCUGGAGUAUGUAUUUGACUUGACGAAGUACUUCCAACCGUUCUCGGCGAGAUCACACAUGCUGCUGAACGGAAACACGUUGACCAACUUGGAGAUAUAUCAGAAUCAAACAGACCAUACGUCGAAGGGAAGUUUGUUUUGGACUCUCGAUCGCACAAAAACCCGAUUUGGACAGCGUUUAUUGCGUAAGUGGGUUGGAAGGCCUUUGCUCGAUAAAACGGAAUUGGAGGAGCGUGUUUCUGCGGUUGAGGAAUUACAAGACCCCAGCAAGACAGUGCAAAUUGAGCGGUUGAAAGGCCUUUUGUCAAAAAUAAGGGCGGAUCUAGAAAAGAGCUUGAUACGUAUAUACUAUGGAAGGUGCACACGACCCGAACUUCUCACAGUCCUACAAACGCUUCAGUUGAUUGCAGACGAGUAUGUGCAUCUUAAAUCACCGGCAGAUUUAGGCUUCUCAUCUCCAACAAUCACCACAGCCAUUGCAGCUCUGCCGGCGAUACGCGAUGAUGUUGUUACAUACCUCAACAAGAUAAACGCAGAGGCCGCGAAAAAGGAUGACAAAUACUGUUUCUUCCGGGAAGUAGAAGAGACGGACGAAAUUACUGAAUCUAACCUUGGAAUCGCUGAUGUACAGCACAGACUGCAGGAGCACUGUACCGUUGCAGCGGAGAUUCUGGGCAAGAAAAAAGUGCAAUACACGACGGUGGCAGGGAUCGAAUACUUAAUCGAGGUAGAGAAUAGCCCCUAUAACCUUAAAAAGGUACCAGCCUCAUGGCGGAAGAUUAGUGGCACAAAGAAAGUCUCCCGAUUCCACACACCUGAAGUGGUCCAGUACAUGCGAGAACGCGAUCAGUACAAGGAGGCCCUGGCUGCCGCUUGUGACAAAGCAUUCCACGCUCUCCUGGCCGACAUAUCAACGAAAUAUCAAUCAUUCCGUGAUUGCAUCCUCGCUCUAGCAACGCUGGAUUGUCUCCUAUCGUUAGCCAACAUAGCAAGCCAGCCAGGUUACAUCAAGCCUGCAUACACGGACAAAACCCGCGUCAGCGUCCAGCGCGGCCGUCACCCCAUGGUUGAGCAGCUUCUGUUGGACACCUACGUACCAAACGACAUAGAGUUGCAUACCGACGAGACGCGUGCCCUUCUGGUAACGGGUCCCAACAUGGGCGGAAAGUCCAGCUAUGUGCGUCAGGUAGCUCUAAUCUCCAUCAUGGGCCAGAUCGGCUCGUACGUCCCCGCCGACUCUGCAACUCUAGGCAUGCUUGACGCCGUCUACACGCGUAUGGGGGCCUUUGACAACAUGUUGGCGGGUGAGUCAACAUUUAUGGUCGAGCUAUCUGAAACGGCCGACAUUCUCAAGCAAGCCACGCCGCGUUCACUCGUUAUUCUCGACGAGCUGGGCCGUGGCACCUCGACGCACGACGGUGUAGCCAUCGCGCAGGCCGUGCUGGACUAUAUGGUGCGAAACCUUCGAAGCCUCACGUUGUUUAUCACGCAUUAUCAGAACUUGAGUAGUAUGGCGCGUGAAUUUCCCGGGGGUGAGUUGCGGAAUGUGCAUAUGAAGUUCACUGAGUCGGGGAUGGAUGGGCAGGAUAUUACUUUCCUUUACGAGGUUGGGGAGGGCGUGGCACACCGUUCUUACGGCUUGAAUGUAGCUAGGUUAGCUAAUGUGCCAGAUUCGGUGCUAGAGGUUGCAAGGGCAAAAUCUGCCGAGUUAGAGGAGAAGAUUAGGAAGAAGAAGAUGCUAGCGUUAGCUAAAGUGGCUAAGGGGUUUAUCAAUACUGAUGGUAGCGCUGGAGGGCCUGCGCCUGCACUUUUAGAAAGGGUGAUGGUAGGGCUGGAGCAGCUAUGA